AUGAAUUUCCGUCCUAACAAACUUUUGCUUUUAGUAACAAAAGGAACAAAAAAUGAAAUUAAAAAAUUUGUUAGUAGUUUUUCUGGAAGUGUAGAAGAGGUCUUAAGUGACAAUGGAAAUAACAAAAAAUGGAAAAAAGAAAUCGAAAAUUUAAAAAAAAGUGAAAGUAAUAAAGAAAAAAAAAUGUGUGAUGUUGACAUUAAGGAGCUUAAUUAUAUGAUCCAAAAAGAGAAAAGAAAAAAAAUACAAAAUAAAAUACAACAAGAAAAGGAUAAAGAUAAAAAUUUUGAGGAUACCACCGAAUUACAAGAAAAUGAAGGAACUAACUUAUGUAACAAAGAAAGUGACGAACAUAUAAAUUUAUUUCAAAUAAAUAGUUUUAUGAAAAAUAUUAACUUAAACAAAAAUAAAAUGCUCGAACUUGAAGAAUGUAUGAAUUAUUAUGAUAAAUGGAAUACUGAACAAAUUAAUUAUAUAAAUAUUAAAACAGCUGAAAAAAAAACGGUUGUGAUAAAUAAAAAUAAUAAUGAUAGUAAUGGUUAUAUGUUUAUCAAUUCAGAUAAAAAUGUAGAUAAUAUGGAUAAUAUAAAUAAUUAUUAUGAUUUAUUUUUUGAAAAUUCUGAACAUUCAGAAAAAUUAAAAAAUAAUAAUUCUUAUAAUAGCUUGUUUAAUGAAAACGAUCCACGUUUAACAUGGAAUGUCCAAGAUGACAUAUUUUUUUCAAAUCUAGAUAUAGAAUUUUUUAAUAAAUAUUCAGAUCAUAAUUAUUCACAAUUUUUAGAAACCCUUGAUCAUAAAAAAAAUGUCUACUUAGAUUAUCUUGACAAAAGAAAGCCAAUUAAAUUUUUAAAUAAACAUCAAAUUAUUGAAGUUUUAAAUGAGCAUUCUAAGGAUCUAUUUUUAUUGAACAGCGAUCAAAAUAAAAAAUACGAUAUAUUUAUAAAUCAAAAUACAGCUAGCCAAAAUAAUGUCAAAAUGAACAUAUCAUCUCACAUGAACAAUUUUGUAAUGUUUACUAAAGAAUGUAUAUUACACAAUGUUUUAAAAAUAAAUUAUAUAGAAAAUAAUAAUCUUGAAAGUUAUAUAUCUCAAAAUGGAGAAGUUAACACUAAUGGUUUAAUAAGUGAAGUUAAUUCUACACAAAAUGAUAGUAGUAGUAGUAGUGGUUGUAGUCCGUUUUUUGAAAAAUGCAACCAAAGAAAUAAUGAAUUUUAUUUGAACCUUAUUAAGCGAAUAGAAUUUAUUGCUAUGUCUUUUAGUGUGCAGGAAAUUAUUUUUAUAAUUUCUUUUUUUUAUAUAAAAAAAAUUUCACAAUUUGAUAUCCUCAACAAAUUUAUUCAAAAUUUUUUGAUUAAUUUAUAUCUUUUAAAAGUUGAAGAUGUUUUGAUUUUAUUAAAAAUUUAUGGAACAUGGAAAAAUACUUACGAUGAUUUUAUUCAUGUUCUUUUAGUUUAUUUUUUUAACUUAAAAAUGGCAAUGUCAAAUUCAAAAAAAAAAACGACAUCCAAUUUGAACUACCCAAAUAGUUCUACAAUAAAUAAGAAGGAAAUACAGAAUAAAGGAAAUUCUUAUAUUGACUCAAAAAAUAAUGAUAAUUUUUUUUCAUAUAGCGAUAGUAUUUUUUUAGAAAUUUGCCUGAACAACAAUAUAAAAAUAAAUAAUUCAUUACAAAUUUUUUAUUCAAAAAAUAAUUUCAAAUUUUAUGAUAAAAAAUAUUUAUUAUUACUAUUCCAAUCUUUUUACAACUUAACUGACCAUAAAAAUCAUGAAUUAUUUUUUAAUUCAAUACAAAAUUUCCCAUUUUUUUGUGAAAAUUUUAAAUUAUUAAACAAAACAUCCGAUUUACGAAAUAUAUUAUAUGAAAUAAAAAAUGAAGUUACAAAUGUAAAAUUGUCUUUUAGUGAGUUGGAAAAAGUUUUAAGUUCAAUAAUUUAUAUGAACAGUUCAGAAUUUUUUGAUAAUUUUAAAAAAUGUUUAGCUAGCCAAUAUUAUGAUACAAAUAGAGAGUUUUUAUUGGAAAAUAUUUCUAAUGAUAUACAAGAAUGUAAAAUUAAAAAAAAUAAUAAUGAAAAAUUUAAUAAACUAAUUUUAAAUACAAAUGUGUAUGUAAUAAAUUUUUAUAUUUUUUAUAAUGUACUAAUAAAAAACUUAAAAGAAUUAAUGGCUUGUUCUUUUUUUAAUACACCACAUUUGUUUGAUGUCAUAAAAAAUGUAAAUUUUUCAGAAAAUAAAAUUUUUGUUUUACAAAAUGAUAUUUAUUUCCCUUGUUUGGUUAAGACAGAAUUUAGAAUAAAAUCAGAAAAUGAAAAAAUAGAUAAUGGAGAUAAAUUUGAAAAUUAUUCUCAGGAAAUUAAGACAACAUUUAUUGAAAAUAAUUUAAACAUUUUUAAUGAUACUACAAAAUUAAAAUAUAUUUUUACAUGUGAAAAGGAAGAUAUAAACAACUUUUUAUAUCAUUACAAAAAAAUUAAUGUACAAAAUGUUUCUAUAAGUUUUGUAGCAAAUUCAAUAUAUUUUAUUAAUGAAUAUUUGUCUAAUUUUAAAAAUAUAUUUGAAACAAUACAAAAUUUUAAAACGGAUAUUCUUUAUAUGCUCUCAUUUUUAUAUUCAAAAUAUUUGGCUGUUUUAAAUAGUUUAAAUGAUAAUAAAAAAAAAAAAUUAUUAUUUUCAUUUUUAGAAAAAAUUAUACCCCCAUUUGCAAACUUUGAUCAUAGUGAAACAAAAGACAAGAUCAAAGAACUAAAUAAUUUUAUUCCAUUUUAUGAAAUUAUAAAAUGUAGAGAAUUAGAUCAAGCAAAAGAGAAUACCACACAAAAUAGUGACUCAUUGGAAUUUUGUAAAAAUAAUAUGAUAAGCCAAAAUAUUAUUAACACUAUGUUUUUAAUAUUUACUAACUAUUUUAAUUAUAUAAAAGAAAAUUAUAUUUCUAAUAACUUUCCAAAUAUGCUAAAAAUCAUUUCAACCAUAUCUGUAUAUAUUUACAAUUUUAAAGAAAGAAAUAAUAAAUAUGAAAAUAUUUUUAUUGAUGAAUUUUUAUUUUUUAAAAAAGAUAAAGACAUGUUUACUAAUGUAAAUAAUAUACCUAAAGUAACUGACGGAUUAUUACAAAACUUAUUAGACACAAUUAUUUCUUUUUUUUUAAUUUAUAAAUCUAACUAUUAUUGUAUGAGAUUAUAUGAUACUCAACUUAUUCAAAUGGCUAGUUCACUUUCUUAUUUUUAUCUUUCAUUAUGCUUAUAUGAUAAUAAUAAAAAUACAAAAUAUCAAAAUGAAGUAAAACAAAAUAGAGCUCAUACUUUUUAUAACGAUGUCUUUAGUUUGUUUAUUCAAGACUUAUACAAAUUAGAUUUUGAAAAUAUUUCUGAAUUAAAUAAAUUAAAAAUAUUUGAAACAAUAAAUAUAAUAUUUAUUUUAAAUGAAUUAAACAAUAUUCCAAAAAAUAAAAAUGAAAUUAUUUUUUUAUUGAAUAAAGUAAUUAAAUAUGUUGUAAAUAAUUAUAUUUAUAUUAGUACAGAAAAUUAUAAACCUAUUAUAAAUUCAUGUCAAAAUUUAAAACAACAUCAACAUAUUUUAUUAAAAUGUGAUAUGUUUGAUCGAGUACAUUACCAAGAACUUAUAGCCACUCUUAAAAUGUAA